AUGCGAGCGCACUUUGUGGAUGACUCUUGGCCAUCCGCGUCUGCGCUGAUUCUCCGAGUGCAGCAAAGUCCCGGCGAUGUCUUGAACUGGAACGAUGUGAACGUACGUUUUCCGGGCAAGGCAGCUUAUUUGUCCAAGGCGCAGUAUGCAGUGACUGGAUUCGUUUGGCAUGGGAAUGACCACUACGUGGCUUACCUGGUGCAUGGGCAAAAGUGGUACUGCCUGAACGAUGCGGUCGUAUCUGAAGUUGCUCCGGGUGAUCUGCCUUCUGAAGCUUGUUUGGUUUUCUUGGAGAAGGUGGUGCGGCUGCGAGCCAAGAGCACGAGAUCUUGCCCAAGGCGGUCAAGCCCUGCUCCCAAUGCUUUGUGGCUCCGGCUGCCAGAAGCUUUAGCCAAAGCAGCGACGCAGCCGCUGCAUCCCUGCGUUCCGGCCCACGCGCAGCAAGAUAGGCUGGCGCAGGCAUCAGCAAGUCCUCCAGGUGUGGGCGCUCGCUUGGGUAAGUUCGCCAGCAGCGUUAGACUGACGCGCGCAAUCCGAAAUGGAGAGCCGCGGGGGUCUAGCGCAGCAGCGGGCGGUCGCAAGCGAGACACCCGUAAGCGGCGUGGCCGGCAGCAGAAGAGGUCUGGCCGGCAGCAGAAGAGGUCUGGCCGGCAGCAGAAGAGGUCUGGCCGGCAGCAGAAGAGGUCUGGCCAGCUGCAGAAGAGGUCUGGCCGGCGGCAGAAGAGGACUUCCGAGAGAGAAGCUGGCGGACACCAGGAGCAGAAGCGGAGGCGGCUGGAGGCUAAGCGCGAAGACAUUCGCCGUGGUCGCGAGACGCUGAGGGUGUGGCCCCAACGUGUUCAAAUUGCCGAGCAGCCCUGUCUUCUCUGUGAUGGUGUGGCAUUUCGAGUGCGCGAAGAGCUCAUGGCCCACAUCGACGAAAUGCACGGAGGGCUGCAGAGCUAUCGGAAUGCGUUUCUGCGCAUGGAGUCUUUGUGUCCGCAUGUCGUUGCGGGCUCGGAGGUGCGGCACUAUGUUAGCAACUACGCCGAGUUUCUGCGGCGGUCUGCUCUUGACUGGGAAGCGUCCGCGCAGUCCUGCACACGGGAGCGUGAGUUGCAAGCAUCUAGUGUCAACAUGGGCACAUCUCGAGAUCCAGUGCAAGUCUUGCUGCACCAGCGCCGGGUGACGGAGGAUAUGGCGCAUGGCAAAGCUCCUGCAGCUGCAUGUGAGGACUGUGUGGAGGCAUUCUCUGGCAAGCGGCCCUGGCUGUGCAAGUACGCGCUGGCUAACGAUCUCUGGCUUGGUCGCCCAGAUCCUUUGCUAUGGAAGGCCAAUAUGACGCACGAAAUGUGCUUGGCAUUGGCAAGGACGGUGGCUACGAAAGUUGUGCUGCGCGCUGGAGGGGCAUCUCAGUCGGAGAGCAGCAAUUCCUCAAGCAGCAGAUGGGAUUAUGUUUUCCAGCAGUCAGGCCUAGUAGGAUCUGCAGUGGUUUUCCACAAUGGCGAUGCGCUGGAUAGCUUGCCGCCUCGCAAGCUCAACGACUCGUUGGCAAUUUCUUUUUGUGUGGACUUGCCCACUGCUGAGGCACAGGAGCAGAGCAGAGCUACAGUCAGCCGUGUCGUGCAGCUGCGACUACACAGGAGUGAGUUCGUGCAGCAAGCUGAAGCACUUCGAGCAACAAACCCUGUCUACCGCAGCGGCGUGGCCGAGAUCAACCGUCAGCUUCUGGCUGAGUGGUUCGGGAACGAGGACUGCUGGUCAGUGUGUGUUCGUCAGUCUGUGUCGACAGAAGCCGCUCAAAGCGUUAGGCAAGAUGGCGAUGUCAGUCGCGACUUGUCAGAGACUUGUGUACUUGCAAUGGAGCCGCAGGUUGAAGAUUUCAAUUCUCAUGGCCGGGAAACUUCCAUGAUGUUGGUAGGCAUGUUGCAGAAGUUGGAAGAGCUGGAGCAAGCUGGCGCUCGGUCUGUUGCUUUGGAGAUGGAGUCUAUGGUGGAAGAGCAGCGGACAUUGGUGGAUCGCCUCGGCCGUCAGAAGAUCUUGGACCUUUGCCGUGAGAUUCAUCAGUCCUGCAGGCAGCUGUCUGCUGCAGAGCAGCGGGAUCGCUUGGAGCGCGAGCUGCGGGACGCUGUCAUGGGCAAGUCGCGAUGGCUGAAUGGUUCGCAGGAGCAGCCUGUUCCGAUAGAGGAGGAGCAGGUAGACCGGCAAGCUCGGCAUCUCUGGUUGCGCGCGGCAAGCAGCCGUUGA